AUGAUAGUUACAAAAACUACUUAUCUUCUAGUUCGUUUUGUUAAUAUUGCAAAUAAACAUGUACUCUCUCGUUGUUCUUUAUCAACAGAUCGUUCUGAAUCCAUAUCAACAGCAUUAAAACAAUUUUACUUAAAAGUUCAUCCAGAUUUAUUUACUCAAUAUCCAAAAGAAAAAGAUGUUAAUGAGAAAAGUUUACAGUUGGUUAGUGCCUAUCUUUCUGGAUUACAACGUAACGAAUAUAUGGCAUCAAUCAGUGUUACUUUCUUUACGAAACUACCGCCGAAUUUACCUCCACCUGCACUAGCUCAGUUAGUUCCUCAUCGUAUUACACUCACGUCAAAAGAUCUGUUAACAAGCGUAAAUAGUAUAUUAGCCGCCUUGAAACUGCCUACUGUGAAUAAACCAAAAGAAAAAAACCAAGCUGAUCAAUAUGAUAUUCAAUUUAAAAUAAUUGAAAUUGAAAAAUUUUAUGAUUUUACAAAAAUUCCUAAAAUAUCAAUCAAAACAUGGCUAACAAACAAUGUCCAAGCAGCUCGUGUUAUAGCGAAACGAAAUCAAGAAUUACUCAGUGAAAUCAAUGAUAAAGUUAACAGUAUUAAAGAACGCUUUAAACUUCAAUCGAUUGAAUAUAGUAAUGAUUGGUCUGUAUCACAAUUUUUUAUUUGUUUACGAACAUUACUUUUAUAUGCUGAUAAAUGGCAUGAAAAACUUCUGACAUUGCAAGGUAAACGACUGAUAUUUGGAAAUAAAACAUGUUUACUUCAAGAUGGUUCACUUGAAUUAAGUGCUAAUGAUCCGCCUGUUUAUUGGGAUCAUGUUAUUUGUUGUGAAUUGACUGAUUCCGAUAAAUAUAUGGAAAGAAUUGCUUCAUAUGAAGAUACUAUUCGUCAAUAUUUUCAUGGUAUUGAAAUUCGAAGAGAUCCUGAUUCCGAACAUUUAUGUGGAGCUCAUAUGUAUCUAUAUAAUCUUUUACAAUUAAGUCAUCAUCUUGAUUUAAAUCGUCAUCAUGAAGCACAUAGAAAAAUAUCUUGGGAAAAUUUUCAUUUAUUCAUAAAUCCGUCUAGUUCGGAGCCAUCGUUAACUAAUAGCGGAUAUUUUCAAAUAAAUGCCUAUGAUGCAACUAUGGAUAUAUUAGACUUUAUGAUUGAUAAUAGAGAAAAAGCUAAACAAACAAGAGAUUCAUAUGAAAAAGAUCUUGAAAAAGGAAAUAGUUUACUUGAAAAACUUGAAAAACAAUUUAAUUUAACUGAAAUAUUAAUAAAUCAAAGAAUAAAAAGAAGUGAUAUUAAUCAAUGUUGUCAACGCUUAUUGAAUGAGCGAGAACAUUUAUUAAAUGUUCUAACAAAAUGUCGACUUAAAAUUGAUAAAAAUUAUAAUUUAGCACAAAAUGGGACCAUAUCAAUACCUUGGGACUGGUCAUUAACACAAGAAGAAACAAUUUGA